AUGGAUGGCAACGCGGACAAUCCCAGAACACCCUCACCUUCACCCAAACGUGAUCGAGUCCUGCCAUCAGUCGAGUUCACCUUUUCAUGCAGUCCUUCAUCCGCUGGAGGUGCGAUAACUCCGACCUCGUCCGUGGACCAAUCAAGCUCACGUCUCCGCGGAAGCGAUCGGCGCUCGAUCACGCCAACUGCACAGUCCCUUUUCGAGACGCUGCGUCUCAGUGAACAUGUUAAGCCCCAAGAAGCUGAAGAGUCAUCGGUUGACUUCACUCAGCAGGCGCAAAGAGUGUUUGGUUUGAGCCCGCCACCCAAAUCUCUCGCCACAACCUACAGAGACCUCCACAAUGCCACUCCUAGUCCUGCCGGACCCUCCUCCCGCCGGCCGGAUCAGCAGUCGCGGGCAAGCACCCCCGCCUCUCCUCUGGAAGAUGUUAAGAGCAAAUUGACAAACCUGAAUCUGGAAGGCUCAAAGCAUACUGCAGCCAAUGCUUCUGACAAUAUUCAUCAUGAGCUCGUUUUUACCGACCAUGCUACUGUCGAUAGUGAUGACAACGCGACUCACGAUGAUUCGGAACACGGUCACUCCGACGAAGAUGACGACGAAGGCGACGAUGAUGAUCCAUGUCGUUACAACGUUCGCCAGGAGGAACUCCCUCGAGCGCCAAUAUACGAUAUUCAACUUCAGAAUGUACUACGCAAUAUCAGAGGUCAACUCGCUGGCCUUGCGCAGCAGCUUGGGAGGAGACGCGAUUUGGUGAGCGAUUCAACUACAAUGUUGCAUCAAUUGUAUGAGCAAGCACUCAAAGCGAGUCGAUUUGCAUAUCCGGCAACGCGGACUGUGGGCUUCAUCGGCGACUCGGGAAUGGGCAAGAGCAGCCUAAUAAACUCCAUUCUUUACCAAGAAGGGCUGGCUCGGUCGAGUGGGGACGGCGCUGCUUGCACGACUGUGGUUACAGAAUUCCGGAGUAUUAAUGACGAACAUCCGCAAAACUAUACCGUUGAAGCGGACUUCAUGGAUACGAGCGAGAUUCGUGAACUACUGGAGGAGUUGCUUUCCAGUGUUCGGAAAUACUACACAGAUGCCUUUCGCGAAGUGCAAGUUUCGGAAGAAAAGGAAGACAUCAAGGCCGCAGCGCUGAGAGCGUGGGAGACAUUACGGUCUCUCUUCCCACAUCAAAAAGGCUUUGACCUCGAGUUUCUGUCCAAGGAAGGGGAAGAGCCGGUAGAGACCAUCUUAACGACCCUGCAGGAAUGGGCCAUGGCUGGACUGGAUCACCGACCGGGGGGGCGAGACAACCUUCGCUAUUCCGUGGUAGCUCGGCAUGCGGAUGAAUGCAUGGAGCAGCUAGACAGUCUCAUGGCAGACUCCAAAGAUAGCAAGCGACCAGCGUUGUGGCCCUUUGUAAAGCUGAUCAGGGUUUAUUUGCGGUCGCCUGUCUUGCGCACUGGCUUGGUCUUGGCCGAUCUUCCAGGCUUCCGCGACCUGAACUAUGCUCGAGUCCGGGCGACAGAGAGGUAUCUCCGUCACAGUUGCGACGAAGUGUUCAUCGUCAGCUCCAUACUCCGUUGUACCACCGACCAGUCGAUCGGCGACAUUAUCCAACGUUGUGCAAGAGAUCAACCCAUUCGCAUUGUGUGCACUCGUUCAGAGGACGUCGAUGCAAAAGAGACUGCGCGCAGUUCUUCCACUGAUGAUGCUGCACGCAUUCGCAAUAUGGACAGCCGAAUCGAGCGUCUUGAGAGUAGCAUUAGGUCGACGCGCUCCCGGAGGCGACGAGCGAGCGGAAGAAGAGGCCAAAGCCUCGCCGCUGAGGAGACAGAUCUAAGCGAUCAGAAAGACGCCCUCCAGCUUGAGUUGAAUCGUUUCCUCAUCACAAGAAGGAACACCCAAGUCACGGACAUUCUGUUGGCCGCCUGGGGCAGCAAUGCGCGGGUAUUCUGUGUUAGCAACAAGCUUUACGCUGAUCAUCGAUUCAACGACAUCAAGGAAGCUAAUGGGUACCGUGCGCUGAGUGGAAUCACCGAGCUUCGUCGCUACUGCCAAUCUGUUCCUGCUGAUGCGCAGUUCCGGGCAACAGUCACUUACUUCAAAAAUGAUGUUCCGGCGCUUCUAGGUUCAAUAAAUCAAUGGGUGUUGGCAGGCUCUAGUGGCAUCACUGUCGCCCGAGCCGAAUUACUGCGUGGUGUCUUAGUGGAGGCGGAAACGACCCUCCAACGGAACAUUCUCUCGCAGGACUCAGAAGUGCGCCGAGCGCAGGGUACUUUGGAACAGUUAUUUACUAGUGACAUUAUUCGACUCAUUCAAAAGUCACGAAACGUCUGGUGCAAUAGCGCGGUCGUUGCGAGCAGAGAGUGGGCUUCAUGGAAUCACAUGACAUACGCAGCCUUCUGUCGCAAGUAUGGAAGUCACGAGACGGGGAAUCAGCCCUACCGUUGCUGGAAUGAGGAGAUUCUCGGCUCCGCACGUGAUUGGCUAACCCUCGCAUGGGAUGUUGUGUUAAGCCAGUUGGAGGGACAUGCGGAAGGCUUCGAGAAGGGACUUUCGCGUCUGUUCAGGGAGGUCUGCGAGUCUAUCGCAAAACACCAGGACCGCGCGCCAGAAUCGCUGCAGAAUCUGCUUUCGAAUAUCCGCACCCGGCAAAGAUGCUUGGAGGAAGCGGUGCGCAGUUCCUUCCAUGAUCUUGUAUAUACCACGGAAAAAGUCAAAGCCGACACGAUCCACGGGCAUUCCAGUUCCUAUAUCGCGGGUGUCAUGCGCCCAGUCUAUAACAUCUGCCAAGAGCAAUACGGUACCGGAAGCGAUUCCCGACGCAAGGGAACAAUGAACAGCUCUCUUUCAUCUCCAACGCUUUUCAUGCAAUUCGCCUCAAAUAUCGCUGAAGACUAUCACCGCAUAUUGAAUCAGACCUUCGAUCAACUAGACCAAAGGCUGCGCGACGAGAUUGCAAACAUCACUCGGGACCUGCGGGCUUCAGUCACGGUCGACGGCGAGGUUUCUGAAGCGGGGCAGAACCUUCGACAUGCUAAUCAGGUGAAGGAGAAGGUGGAAGAAACUCGCAUUGUUUUAGAUCAUGCUCAGAUGACGGCUCGAGAGUUGGCAGAGGGGAUGGCGUCUUGA